ACGUGUGCUGCGCGCUGUGGAAGGGGAAGACUGUGAAAGCGGAAGGAGGGCAGUUUCGCGUGGUUAUCGCAAUUGGUUUUCCAGAAGGGGACAGCGCGCGCACACACACGCACGCGCACACACACACACACACACACACACACACACACCAGCCCCGGUGAUGCAUCCCCGCGCCGGCAACGACACGCAUCGUCCUCGCUAGAGUCGUCUUGACUUUAGGAUGGUGAAGAAGUCUCUGAACGGCGGGGUUUACCCAACUCAAGCCGAGGAGAAGAAGCACCGCGUGGGCUUUGUGGGACUGGACCCCGGCGCACCCGAAUCCAACAGGGAUGGGGCGCUGCUCAUUGCGGGCUCGGAAAGCACCAAGCGGAGCAGCAUCCUCUGCAGACCGAGGCCCAGCAUCUCCGCCGGGAGACCCAGGCCGUCGAAGAAAAACGCCAGCUAUCGGAAACUGCAGAAUUUCUUGUACAAUGCGCUGGAAAGACCGCGGGGAUGGGCGUUCAUCUACCACGCUUAUGUCUUCCUCCUGGUCUUCUCCUGUCUCAUACUUUCAGUCUUUGCCACCAUCCGAGAGUUCAAAAAUAGCUCAGAGAGUGCCUUGUACAUCCUGGAAAUUGUGACCAUCGUGGUGUUUGGGGUUGAGUACAUUGUGAGGAUAUGGGCCGCCGGCUGCUGCUGUCGGUACAGAGGAUGGGGAGGGAGGCUAAAAUUUGCCAGAAAGCCUUUCUGUGUCAUAGACAUCAUGGUGCUGAUCGCCUCAGUGUCUGUGCUGGCAGCUGGAUCUCAGGGAAAUGUCUUUGCCACCUCGGCCAUCAGGAGUCUGAGAUUCCUGCAGAUCCUGCGCAUGCUGCGCAUGGAUCGCCGCGGAGGCACCUGGAAGCUGCUGGGAUCUGUGGUGUACGCCCACAGCAAGGAGCUCAUCACCGCGUGGUACAUUGGCUUUCUUUGUCUCAUCCUGGCUUCAUUCCUGGUUUACUCAGUGGAAAAGGAGUCAAAUGACGAGUUUGAGACCUAUGCUGAUGCUCUUUGGUGGGGUCUGAUCACUCUCACCACCAUUGGUUAUGGGGAUAAGGUUCCGAAGACCUGGAAUGGACGCCUGCUGGCAGCAACAUUCAGCAUGAUUGGGGUGGCCUUCUUUGCUCUCCCCGCUGGCAUCCUGGGCUCUGGCUUUGCCCUCAAAGUCCAAGAGCAACAUAGGCAGAAACAUUUUGAGAAGAGGCGUAAUCCUGCAGCAGGCCUCAUACAGGCUACGUGGAGGUUUUAUGCUACCAACCUGUCCCGCACAGAUCUACUGUACACCUGGGAUUUCUACGAGCAGACUGUAGCUGUCCCAAUGUACAGACUUAUUCCACCUCUGAAUCAGCUGGACCUGCUGAGGAAUCUAAAGGGCAAGACAUUCAGGAAGGAGUCCCAAACGGAAACCUCUCCCAGUAAUGAAAAUGCACACAAAGACAGACUUUGCGGGUGCUGUCCGAGAACUUUUAGCCGGAAGGCCAGCCUGAAGGACAAGGUGUUCCCAAGUCCCUCCAAGGCUCCCAUGGCCAAGGGGAAAUCCCAGUCUCCCGGGGUGGAGGACGGGGCCGAGGCGAGUCCCGGCAAAGUGGACAAGAGCUGGAGCUUCGCCGACAAGAGCCGAGGGCCGAAGCACUCCUUCAGGGCCCGAGGUAGCACUUCGAGGCAAAACUCUGAGGUGCUGAUUGAAAUGCAGGACGAAGGCUUUGGACUGAAGAGUUCUCCAGCAAUUGAAGGUUUAAUAAAGGCCAGCCUCCCUGGGGAGGAAAUUGGCGAUGAUAAGAGCUGCCACUGUGAGUUUCUCUCUCAAGAAUUACCACCAGGCCUGAGGGUGACAAUAAGAGCGAUCUGUGUCAUGAAGUUCCUGGUGUCGAAGCGGAGGUUCAAAGAGAGCUUGCGGCCUUACGAUGUGAUGGAUGUGAUCGAGCAGUACUCUGCAGGUCACCUGGACAUGCUGUCCCGCAUUAAGAACCUGCAGUCCAGAGUGGACCAGAUAGUUGGUAAAGGGCCUAAACCCGAGGGAGACGCUUCAGAUGACCAGAGCAUGAUGGGACGUCUGGGUAAAGUGGAAAAGCAGGUGGUCUGCAUGGACAGGAAACUGGAUUUCCUGGUCCACGUGUAUGUGCAGCGCAUGGGCAUCCCUCGUUCGGAAACCGAGGCCUUUUUCCACUCCAAGGAGCCGUACCCGGCCCCGCCUUACGACAGCCCGGAGGAGAGCAAGCGGGAGAAGGAGGCCGAGGAGGCCGUGAAGGAGGAGGAGAAGGAGUUGCAGACGUGCUCUGUACCAGCCGUUCCGUGCUCUGAUGGGUCUUCGGAAAAGAAAGAUCCUCUGCUGGGUCGCUGCGUGUCCAGUUUGGUGGGCACCCCCUCUGGCAGCCACAGCCGCCCCUCUACGUCCUGGCAGCACCAGCUGCAGCACCCCCUCAGCCAGCCCGCCUGGAACAGCAGCGUGGCCAACACCCCUUCACCGGUCGCCGGCAGUGCCGAUCACUCGCCCAACCCGUUCCGCCUUCCGCCUCCGCCUGCUCCGGUCUACGACCGGCCCUCCCGCGGCAACGGCAGGGAGGGCGGCUCCCGGAGCAGGAGGCGCCACAGGAGGCGGCAGCGGGACGCCGUUGCUUUGGAGAGCGACACGUCCCUGUCCAUCCCUUCCGUUGACCACGAGGAGCUGGAGCGCUCUUUCAGUGGUUUCAGCAUCUCGCAGGCCAAGGAGGACUUCUUUGGGCCUUCGUUCUUCGUGGGCUCAGGAGCCGGAGGAGGGACUGAUGCCGCAGCUGGACCGGCACUCUGCGCCAGGGUCAGACCCUUCAUUGCAGAGGGGGAGUCAGACACAGACUCUGACCUCUACGCUCCCUCCCCGUUGUCCUUCACUGGAGAGGUGUCAUGUGGAGACACGGCAUGGCCCGGCAUGAAGUAGGCCACGAGAAGACAUAUCAGGAGCCAAAUGACUGAUGCUGCUGUGGAUGCCAUUACAGUCUAUUUUAGGAUAAGUAAAUGGUAAUGAUUAGAAGUUCAUUACUGAGGAGGGUAACGAAAUGUAAACUAAAGACGCGUCCUUCGUUUUUUUUGUUUUUGUUUCUGAUCCAAACACUUAAUUACAGUUGCAUUGAAUCUACCAAGAUCUUGGUUAAUCCCCAAAUACUGGCCAUUUCUUUCUUAUUUAUUCAUUGAUAAUGAAAGGUACAAAAAGUCCAGAUGGGUGAAUAUGAUUUAAGACUACAGGAACCUUUCAGUCUCACCACAUCGUUAGCAGAGUGUCUUGAUAUAUCUUAUAUACCUAUGAAUGAUUUGAGGUGUUUCAAUGCCCAAACUUUAGCUAUGAUAAUCAAUUAGAUUCUUGCAGAGAAAAAAAAGAAAUAUGCUUGCUUUUCAGCAUCAUUAAUUGAGCCUUGUGUUCACCAAGUACUGCAGGUGAGCUCCCUUCGAAGCAUUGAAGGUUCUUCCCAUUUGAUAAACCAGUGAAGCUGCUGCAUGUUAUGUUAAAUAGUUGGAGCUGUGUUAAGCUAGCUACAAAACCAGACUUAUCUGUACAAACAGAAAGGUGAACAAGACAAGAACAUGUGUGCAUGACAGGUUUCAAUCUAACAUACGUUCCCUUUUUGCUAAGGCUUUAAGUUCCGAUCAAAAUAAAUGCAGCCCAAGCUUGCUGAUCCAAUGUUUGUCUUUGGAAAAAUAGGUCCAGAAACAUAUAUCCACAUCAAAUGCAAAGGCAGAUGUUUAAUGUCACAUAUGAAAAAAAGGACAUGUUUAAUCAGGUGCUGGACAUUAACAGCAUAUCUUUUUUUUUGUUAUUCUACAUCAUGCAGUUGGAGUGUUUAAAUAAUAUUGGACACUUACUCAUAUGUAAAGGUAUUGAGCCUGUGAUGCACAUGUCAGUCUGACACUGCUGCUGUGUCAGUCCUGCACUAAAUGGGGCGAACGCAAUAAAAAGCAAGGAAGGCAAUUGAGAACCAACAUCAACAUGGCCUUAAUUUUUCACACCAAUAUUCAUUGUUUUGUAAGUUAAUGAAUUUGCAUUUUUAAGUGUUAUUACAGGAGCCUUUGGCUUAAGAGCAGUUGUUGAUACUGAUACUGUUUUAUUCACUAAUAAUGCUAAAAGCAUGGGAUUGGGACAUCUGAAGCAUGAACAGUUAUUGUUACCUUAAUACUAACCCAAGUCGUAGCAAAUAGGACAUUCCUCCACAUUCUUUUUUAUUUUAACUGAAAAUAUGAUUUAGUAAACAUUGUUUCACACAAGCUACACAAGCCAUUUUUGUUUCUUUUUCCAGAAAAGAAGAAAAACAUCUGCUGGUAUGUUUUCUACAACCCAAAGGAAGGACCCAUAGGGUUUUAGCAGCCACAGUAGCUUUCAAUUCAACAUCACCAUGCAACAACAUUGACAUCUUCUUAAAUAAUAAAACUUUGUACAUCACUGAAAACCAUCUCUUUGGUCUCUAUCAAUGCAGGGGCAUGUCCCGCUAUGACGUGGUGUAACUGUGGCAAUGUGUCAGUAGAUGGCAACCAAGAGCUUCAGCUGAGAGGGUUGCUGUCACAGUAAAACAUAGAAAAGUUGAGGAUGGAUAGAUAGACAGGUGGGUGGACUGAGAUAUGGAGGGAUGAAUGAAAGAGAUAGAUACCCUCCAAUCCAAAUGCUGGACUUAUUAAUGACAUAAAACAUGUACAGUGCAAUUUAUCUACAAAGCAUUAAUGAAGGAUUAAUUAAUCAUGAAUAACACCCUUCAUCUAUCUCGCUUUAUAAAGGCUGAUGUAUCAGAAAAAAAGGAAAAUGGAAUAGCUUACACACAAUAUGCUGUAACCUGACAGCAGGGAUUUGUUCCCAUUCAGCCACUGGACUGUUAGUGAGGUCAGACACUUGUCAGAUGGGCAAUGCGGCCUUGCUUGGACUUCAUCCCAAAGGCUUUUGAUGGUUUUGAGGUCAGGUCUCUGCAGGUCAUUCAUGAUCUUGGCCAUCAAGUUUUAAAAAAACAUUUAUUUUAUUUUUGAAAGGGCCCACUCCAAAACGUUAGAUCGACUAAAUGCAUAAUGAGUUAUAUCAAAUUCAAGUCAAUUCAAUCCAUUUUAUUAAGUUUGCCUCAGGGGGCUUUAACGUCUGUACACAUGCAACGUCCCCUGUCCCUCGUAUCCCCAAACUCCCUCAAAAAUAGACAUUGAGAAAAUAGGAAGGAACCUUAGGGAGAACGGCUGAGGAGGGAUCCCUCUCCCGGUGUGAUGGAAUGUAAAGGAUGUCAUGUGUAAAGAAUGAACAACGUGAAAUAUGUACAAUACGUUCAAUGCAUAUAACAGUUAUGACUCUCAGAUGUAACCACCAUCUGCAGAAACCUGUGGGGAGGCACAAAGAUUUCAUGAAAGAAACAAAGCGGGUAAUGUUGGAUCAUGAUAGUUAUGCAUAGCUAUGCCAUUAAUAAUAAUAAUGAUGAUAGCAGCAGCAGCAGCAGCAGCAGGUGUCAGCAAGGCCAUGGCAGGAGGCAGGAACGGGGUCCAGAUAGAUCCAUGGAAACCUGUGAGGCGAGAAAGCACAAGAACUCCAGGGGAGAUGCUGAAUUAGUGAGAUGUGAAUUCUUACAGAAGGAGGGAGAGAAGAGGACAGAAGAGCUCAGUGUGUCCUAGGUAGCCUCUGGGCAGUCUAGGCCUACAGCAGCUUAUCUAAGGGCUGGUCCAGGCUGACCCGAGCCAGCCCUAACUAUGAGUGUUAUCAAAGAGCAAAGUCUAAAGCUUUAUCUUAAAUGAGCUGACUGUGUUUGUCCUGUGGACUUAAAGUGGAAGCUGGUUCCUCAAAAGAGGAGCUUGAUAACUGAAGGCUCUGGCUCCCAUCCAACUAUUAAGACUCCAGGAACAAGUGAUCCAGCAUUUAUGGAGCGCAGCUGUAGUCGGGAAGUAUGGUAUUAUAAGCUCCUUAAGAUAAGACGGUGCCUCACCAGCUAGUACCUCGUAGGUGAGGAUAAGAACCUUAAUGAUAUUCUUGAUUCAGUGCAGAGAAGCUAACACAGGAGUUAUAUGAUCCCUUUUAUUAGUUCCUUUUAAUUCAGGUGCUCCAGCAUUCGGAAUAAACAGGAGAAGCUUAAGAGACUUGAUAAUAAAAAGUUUCCGCCCAGUUUGCUUCAAGUUGCGAAUUCAAGGCAGUAGAAAUUCAAAAGUUAUUUGCCAAUGGUUCGACAAGAGAGGGUUCUGUGGGGCAGAAGGAGUCUCUUCAGUGUUUAUUAUGUGUUGGGUGAGUCACUGCUCUGAUGGCAGCAUAGUCAAGUGUGUAAGACUGCAACUCUGCUUCCUGGUCUGACCUCUGGGUUUUCAUGGAUUAGGUCCACUAAGAACCAGGGGUCAUAUGUGUUGAAAUGAGAUCAUCUCCAUCCAAAGUGGGAUGUGUGAUGUCACUCCUAAUCAGACUAGGCUCUCCCCGAAACAACUUCCAGUGCUCAACCUUGACAACCAGCCUCAGAAUGAUGGCACAGGGCUAUAAAUGUUGUUGCUGAACAGGUUUGGAAGACUGCCAGAGAAACCUACGGGGUCCGACAUUGUUUUAGUGCAUGUUCACACCGUACGGUAUUUGUACAUAAAUUUGGCCAUAGACAAGAUGACACCACUGCAACGCUAUACGUCAGCGAAUAAAAACGGUUGAUUUAUUCAUUGCUUUUGCCUGAGAGAUUUUAUUUAACAAGCUAUUUAACAACAAUUGGCUAAUGCCAGUGAAACGGCAAAGGAGCCAUUCCACACCACACACUCAGCCCCGGGUCUGCCAAUUUGUUAAGGGUGUGUGCGUUUUAGCUUGAAAGGGUGAUACAAAUUGGAAUUGAUUCAAUCAUAAAAGUAUUUACUCGUAUUUACUCUCAUUCAAACGUGGGGAAUUCCAGAUGUCUUGAUCAGCCAAAGCAAAGUUUAGAGGUAAAAAAAACACAGCAGGGGAAAGAUUUUUACAUCUAUUCGGGAGGGAUUAUUUUAUUAUAUCCUCAUAUAACCACGGUGGACAGGCUCAGAUUUUUGAGCCAAAACGAAUCACAACCAAUUUAAAUUCCUCUGGGUUGUCAUUUGGAGUGUUGCACAACUACAACAAUAAGGCGAAUCCUUGGAGCCUUGCACGUAGCAUUGAUUCAAAGAUGAGAAAUUUAACUUUAAACAAUGUAU